AUGUCGAAACAUAUAGCAAAAAGUGCCGUGCGCUCAGUAAAGAAUUUUUCAAAAGGUUACUCAGAUAUACAGGUUAAAGUCAGGGCGGCGACAUCAAAUGAGCCAUGGGGACCAAGUGGGACGGCAAUGAAUGAAAUUGCUCAGGCGACUUAUAACCACCAUGAAUUUAUAGAGAUUAUGGAGAUGAUCGAUAAACGACUAAACGACCACGGUAAAAAUUGGCGACAUGUCUUUAAGGCCCUCACAUUAUUGGAUUACUGCCUGCACGUAGGAGCAGAGAAUGUAGUUCUAUACGCCAAAGAUAAUUUUUAUAUAGUAAAAACUCUUCGAGAAUUUCAAUUCAUAGACGAAGAUGGAAAAGACCAGGGGUCAAAUGUUCGUCAAAAGGCCAAAGACAUUACGAAUCUUUUGCAAGAUGACGAGCGACUCAAGGCCGAACGGCGAUCACGUUCAACCAUGCACAAUCGUAUUUCAGGACGAGAUGAACCAGGAAGCUCGUAUAAUAGGGAUAUUUCGCUGAGUUAUGAACAACAACAACAGCCUGGAUAUUUUAAUGAUGAUGAUGAACUUCAGCGGGCGAUUGAAGAGAGUAAGAAAUUGGAAAAUGAAAGAAGAUUAAAAGAGAGUAUUAAUGACGAAGAUUCGGACCUUGAAAAAGCAAUUCAACUAAGUAAAGAGGAGGAAGAAAAACGAAAACAAGCGGAAGAGGUUGCACGAAAAGAAGUGCCUUUAAUACAAGGUGAUACAAGUAGUUUCACACCAGUUACAUCACAACAACUACAGCAAUCACCUGAAGAUUUUUUUAGUCCAUUGACACAAUUCUCCACUAAUCCAUAUCAACAACAAUUACUACAGUUACAGUUACAACCACAGAAUUCAUAUCAGCAACAAUUAUCACUGCAGCAGCAGGCACAACAGGCUAUAAACAGUACCACUAAUAAUCCUACGAAUGCUGCUACAUUUGGUAAUGAUCCUUUGGGACUAAAUUUUCAACAGAGCAGUUAUAGUACACCAUCUUUUAACGCGCAAAAUUCGUCAACUUUGACACCGUUUGACUCAUCUUUUGGAAUUGGUCAACAGUCGAAUAAUGGACUAAACCAAUUAAAGAAUGAUCAAUUAUUAAAGCAACAGCAAGCGAAUUCACUACUAAGAAGUCAGACUUUGAAAGCGACGACGCAAGAUAACAAAUAUUCCAAGUUGAAUAAUUUACUCGCAGCGCGAGGAGAUGGACUAGAUACAUUUGGUAAUCAGGGUGACCUGCGUGUACCUGCUGGUACAGGAUUUUCGAGUCUACAACCAGCUCGAUCAAAUUCCGCCAGUAGUAUUGGGACUCCUGGAGCAAAUCCUUUCUUCAAAAACGAAGGUAGCAGCAAUAAUGUUGGUGGCAAUCUUAGUGCCCCAUCACCAUAUUUAUCUGGAACAUUUAGUAACUCUCAACCGAAUCUUAGUCUAAGUAAUCAAAAUAACAAUAAUUCAGAUUUGUAUAGUACAUUCAGUGCAUCAUCGUUCGCAACUACUAACACGCUAAUCGACUUGAGCCCAGCCACCAAUAACACUAAUGCCAGUAAGAAUCCAUUUCAAAUACAACAACAGCCACAAAUCUCCACAAAUCUCAAGCCAAAAUCACUCGGUGAAUUACAAUUUGAACAAUUGGGAUAUAAUAAUUCGAAUAAUAAUAGUUUAUUCUAG